GCGCGCCCACUACGUGAAACGAAGGGCACGAGCAAAAGCAGGACACGGAAGGGGAUGGGGCGGCGCAGAGUCAAAUAAACUCAGGAUCUUGACGUUCUGGUUAUUUCCAGCCCUACCGAGUUCGUUUAUAACGGACGGUUCGAUGAAUGCUCGAAUCCAUUAAAGCGGUUAAUUCACAAAGAGAAGACCGUGGAGGCUGGGCAGAUCUUCAACUGCUAUGAGGAUUCUCAGAUUCUUCAUGGGGUAUAGUUGCAGAAUGCUAUGAACGCUGCCUGCUGUGUGACGUUGGCUUUGUUUGAAGAAGUUGCAUGAAACUGGACUGCUGUAAGACUGCCACAUAUCACCACAUGGACAGGCUAAACCCUUGGUUGUGUUGUUGAACUGUCCUAAGCUUAAAAGUAACUCCCACUCUGGGUCAGACAUGUCUGUGAUAGUUGGAGCGGGGCAGUUCAUAGCCCAGAGGGUCACCAGAAGGAUCACCUACUACUACACCAGCCGGACACCAGGGGGUGAUACCCCCUCUCCUCCUACCAUCUCCCCCACCUCCUCCCAUCUAGACGCUCCUUUUCCCUCACCCUCGUACUCCCUCUCCACCCCCUUGCUCCCAGACUUGCCCUCUCACCACGACGUUUCCUCAAUUCCCACCCAUUCUGCUUUGGAUGUACCAUCCCUCUCUCCAUCCUCGCCCUCCUACUCCCCCCGUCCCCUCCUCCUGCUUUUCCCGUGGCUUGGCGCCCGACCAGGGGCCAUGGUGAAGUACCGGGACCUCUACCUGGAACGCGGCCUGGACAUCCUAUCUGUGGAGAGCACCGUGUGGCACUUCCUGUGGCCCCGCUGGGGGCUGGAGUAUGGGGCCGAGGUCCUGGAGCUCCUUGACGACCCGCGUUUCAAAGGGCGCCCCCUUCUGGUCCACACCUUCUCCAUCGGCGGGUACACCUUCACCCAGCUGCUCAGCCAGAUGGUCAGGGAGCCACACAAGUACCCGGGCCUGGCCCAACGGGUUGUAGGACAUGUCUAUGACAGCCUGGUGGUCGGGUCGCUGGAGCAUAUGGCUACAGGCCUGGGCAAGACCCUGUUCCCUCGUAUGGAGCCCCUGGUGCGAUACACCGCUCUGCUCUACUUCUGGCUCUUCAAGUCCCAGACGGUGCACUACUACGACAACUCAGUCCAGGUCUUCUACAACAGCCCCGUCACCGCCCCGGCGCUCUUCUUCUUCUGCGAGAACGACGCGCUGUGUGACCCCGUCGCCAUGGAGGCGGUCCUCGACUUCUGGAGGAAGCGGGGCGUUGCUGUGGAAAACAGGAAGUGGAAGGAGUCUGUGCACGCUGCUCAUCUGCGCUGUCACCCAGAGGAUUAUCUCUCCACACUGGAGAAUUUUUUUCACUCGCUCAACAUCGCCCCCCUCAGGGCUAAGAUGUAAAUGGCUCGUGCUAAUCACAGUGGGGGGUUGAUCAUUCAAUAAAGCCUGCAUACUCAUGCGUCAACACAAUUAUAACAUAGUAUAACAUAGUGUAGUCAUGUAGCAUGUAAACUUUUAUCCAUAGAGACUUGGUUGACACAUACCCAGCAUAUGGGUCACGAGGGAAUCAAACCCACAACACACUAGUUUUACUUCCCUGUUGCUAUAAUAACAACAUAUCCAAACCUAACUACUAGCAUGUGUUUUGACUGUGCUACGUGUUAUCUAUUUGUACAGAUAUAGGGUCUUAAUUUGACCAGCAUUGUCGUAGCAAAAUAAUUAAUGUUUAGUUCAUAAUGCUUCUUGAUCAGUGUUCAGGCUAUUAAAAGUUGGCAACAUGAAAAGUGCAGUACUGUUAAUAUAAGUGUGUUAGUGUGGGUUUUCAGUGAAUUUUCUGUGAAUGUAUGUAAAUCACGAAGCUCAUCUUAAUUUCCUGCGGUGCAGGAAAAUUCGCAGCAUCAAGAGAAAAUUAAGUUAAUAUAUCUGUAUGAGAGCUUACACAAUAUUGUCCAUGACAGUCCAUAUGCACCAGAUAACAGCAAGGUCACUAUCUUUAAGGUGAAACACGACAGACACAACUCACUAUAUGUUGAUUUGCAAUAAUGAAUUAUUUAGUACACUGCUCAAAAAAAUAAAGGGAACACUUAAACAACACAA